GCGCCAACGGUCCGGCGGCACUAGAGGACACGGGCAAGAUGGCGGCGGCUGCAGCGGUAUUGCGGCACCUGGCCCCGUUGGGACACCGCCUCACCCGCAUCCCGCCGCACGGCUGCGCCGGCGGGCGCCUGUUCCAGCAUCGCAGGGGGCUGCGCCUCUCCGCGCCAGCCGCCAUACAGGUGACUGUGCGGGAUGCACUGAACCAGGCGCUGGAUGAGGAGCUGGAGAGGGACGAGCGCGUCUUCCUGCUCGGCGAGGAGGUGGCCCAGUACGAUGGCGCCUACAAGAUCUCGAGGGGCCUCUGGAAGAAGUAUGGGGACAAGAGGGUGAUCGACACUCCGAUCUCAGAGAUGGGCUUCGCAGGAAUUGCUGUUGGUGCUGCUAUGGCAGGGUUGAGACCGGUGUGUGAAUUCAUGACAUUCAACUUCUCCAUGCAAGCGAUUGAUCAGGUCAUAAACUCAGCUGCCAAGACCUGUUACAUGUCUGCAGGAUUAAUCGGUGUUCCCAUUGUCUUCCGGGGCCCCAAUGGGGCAUCAGCUGGAGUGGCUGCCCAGCACUCCCAGUGCUUCGCUGCUUGGUACGGGCACUGCCCGGGACUGAAAGUUGUUAGUCCUUGGAGCGCAGAAGAUGCCAAAGGUCUGCUGAAAGCAGCCAUCCGGGAUGAUAAUCCAGUUGUGAUGCUGGAAAAUGAGUUGCUGUAUGGUGUUCCUUUUGAACUGUCUGAGCAGGCACAGUCAAAAGACUUCGUUAUUCCAAUUGGAAAAGCUAAAAUAGAAAGGCAAGGAACUCAUAUUACAUUAGUGUCACACUCAAGACUUGUUGGACACUGUAUGGAAGCAGCUUCUGUACUUGCCAAAGAAGGUGUAGAGUGUGAGGUUAUAAACAUGCGUACCAUCCGACCAAUGGAUAUUGAAGCAGUGGAAGCCAGCAUUAUGAAGACAAACCAUCUAAUAACUGUAGAAGGAGGUUGGCCACAAUUUGGAGUAGGAGCUGAAAUCUGUGCCAGGAUCAUGGAGGGACCUGCCUUUAACUACCUGGAUGCUCCAGCUGUGCGUGUUACCGGUACAGAUGUUCCUAUGCCCUAUGCAAAAAACUUAGAAGAUAACAGCGUGCCUCAAGUGAAGGACAUAAUAUUUGCAGUGAAGAAAGUACUGAACAUCUAAGUUGUAAAUACAUGCUUUAAAGUCCUGCUUUA